AUGGAAGCGGAAGUUUCCAACCUUCCUCCCAUUACACUAAGCAAUUCACUUAAAAACGCUAAGGAAGAGAGUAAUCAAAACGGUGGCGCUGACGUGCCAACUCUACCGAAACUCGACAUGGAGUUAGUCGCUACCCUUGGUGCUCAGCGACCCCCGGAGUCGUUCUUUAACACCAAGCCUGCCAUCUUACCACCUGUUCAAUCGCUGCUGGAGGUACUUUGGGCAGCACCGUUGCCACCAUCACUACAACACAGCGGCUGUCACGAUGAAGAUGCUAGAAAAUGCGAGAUUCUAGCCAAUGCAACACUUGACUGGCGCAACUGCGUGGCGCGGUCUUCUACCUUGUCGAUGAGGCUCUGCGAGGCUCUUCGGUUGGUCCUUGAACCCACUCGAGCUUCCCGCAUGAAAGGUGAUUUUCGCACUGGGAAGCGACUCAACAUGCGCAAGGUUGGUUAA